UUCUGUUGACGAAAAAAGCAGAAAGCAAAGUCUUGCUCGAUUUAAAAGUAAAUGUUUUUUUCCAAGCCUAAAUGUAUACUGUGUAAAAUAUCCUAUGUAUAAGUUGCAAGGGCUUGAAACGUUACCUCAACACUCGUUGGUUGUUUCUGUCAGACAAGAUCACAUGAUCGGCGACUCUCCGUGUAGCUGUUGUUAGCUUUUUAGCAGCUAGCUGUGUUAGCACCGAGGCUUUGGAGCUGCUCAUCAGGAAACGGUGCGACCUGUUUCGAGCCACGCCAAGGCGUUUAGCUGUCAAACAUAUGCAUUGACAUUAUUUCAGUUGCUUCGUGUUUUACUUCUCAUUUACUCCGCAGCUGCAAGGCCCAAACUGUAAGCUGGUUGAACAUUACCUACAUGGCUGUUCACAUCAACAUCAAACAAAUGAGCAUGUGACCAAGGACAAGGUUCUACAGCACAUGAUCUGGACCGGUGGAGGAGGCUAAAUCAAUCAGGGGUAAAUUAUUAUUCAGAGUGGUCGAUUAGGAGUGAAUAGCCAUGACAACAAAGACAUCCCUGUUGAAAGUCAUUCUGCUGGGUGAUGGUGGUGUAGGGAAAAGCUCCAUCAUGAACCGUUACGUGACCAAUAAGUUUGAUGCACACCUUUUCCACACCAUCGGUGUUGAGUUCCUCAACAAGGACCUGGAGGUAGAUGGUCACCAGGUUACCUUGCAGAUCUGGGACACUGCUGGCCAGGAACGCUUCCGCAGUCUGAGGACUCCUUUCUAUCGUGGCUCUGACUGCUGCCUGCUCACCUUCAGUGUAGAUGACAACCAGAGUUUUCUCAACUUAGGCAACUGGAAGAAGGAGUUCAUCUACUAUGCAGAUGUCAAGGAGCCAGAGAAGUUCCCAUUCGUAGUCUUGGGCAACAAACUGGACGUGACGGAGAGGCAGGUGUCUGCUGAGGAGGCUCAGCAAUGGUGCCAGGAGAAUGGUGACUACCCCUAUUAUGAGACCAGUGCCAAGGAUGCCACCAAUGUAGCGAUAGCCUUUGAGGAAGCAGUGCGCAGAGUGUUGGCAAUGGAUGAAAGAACGGACCACCUCAUCCCCACGGACACAGUCAAGCUUCACAGAAAGCCUCGCUCUGCUACCACUUGCUGUUCAUAACGUCCAGGAGUUAUCACUAACAUUAAUUUGCUGUUAUGCCUGUUAUGUGACGAGGCUGUAGGUGUACAAUGCUGUAGUAACAUCUUAUUUAAACAAACUAUGCUACUGCCUUUGUGAUUUAUUAUUCUGUUGAAGGUUUGAUCAUGCUAAUAGUUGAACUUCUGUUUAAAGAGAGAGAUGAAACACUAAAUUCAUCGCAGUCUAAGUACAAAUAAACAUGAAAGCACUGAAUCAUUCACUCAGCUGUGCCACAGUUUAAAUGCCAGGCUUUUAAAGGAAAACAGGAAAAGAAACAAUAUUUUGUUUUGGCCUAAGACUACCUGUGGUGAACUAAAAUAUGUCAUGACAGAACAAAGGCAAUAUAUUUGAAGUUUCACUUCCCUGUAAAGUGGUUUAAUAUUCCAUUCUAUUACAAAGGCUAAUUAUAAAGUGACUCAAUGAAAUUCACUCCAGAAUGUGACAAUGCAGAUAAAGUGAUGACCUGUAUAUUUAUAUUUAGAAGAUAACAGCAUAACUAAAAUAAUUUAUACAACCAAUGACCUUAUUUCUGAGGAUUAUAAAGUAGCUAAGGCACUACUUUGUGUAACUAACAAAUUGAGGCUUGUUGUGAUUAUUGCACCUUUAGGUCUUGUUUGUGCACAUUCUACAUAGUAAAUAGAUCAUGGCUAUGUGCUAGGAGCACUGAGGGGCAAGAUCCCUGACAGAAGAUAAAUAUUUGAGCAAAAUUAACAUGCAUGGCAUAUGUUGUAUUUAAGUUUCUGGAAACUUUUGUAUUUUGUAAACUGUUUUUACCUUAAAAUCACUGAAUUCACCACAGUAUUCCCUUGAGGGAAGUUAAAUGAAAUAAUGGUCAUGAUGGAACCUUAUGUUGGGAUUAUUGUUUUAAAGAAUGAUUUUGAUCUUUGAAGCACUCUAUAAACAUUUUUCGCCUUAAAGUUAAAAGUCCUUCCCCAAUAUUUAAAAUGGUGAAUCAUUCAUUUACCUUAACUGUUUCUCAUCCAGAUUUCAUUUAUAUUCAAAGUUGUACUACUGGUAUGCCAAAUGAUAAAUAAACCCUCUUGAGAAUUGUC